GUGGGGAGUCCCCGGUAGAGUCACUUAAUGUCUCACUCUCGUGGCGUGCUUCUCGGAGGAGAGGCGGUGCUGUAACGGCAUUAAACAGCAGCGGUGCAGCUUGGCGGCUGGGGGUGGGGGGAAAGCGAGUGCGGUGGAGACCCUUCUACUUCAAUAGCAUUGUAACGUAAAACGGGGAUAAAUACGCGGUCCAGGGUUCACCGCCUGGAAGUGCACGCUGGAACCUCUUGUUACAGGAACGGCUUGUCAAGUGGCGUAUUCAUGAAUCUCAUUUGAAGGCAUCGCGGCCGGAUUCAGUCUCCCUGUCUGGAACCCCGUUCCUCUUCGACUGCGGCAUUCAUUGAGUUGCGACCCUGGAAGUCAACAGGAGACCGAGGAGCAGCAGCGAGAGCAGCGGCGCUGGUCGAAGAGUCAAGCUGGGGGUUCCCCCGGACGGAGUCGUAGCGGCUGCCGAUAGCAUGGACGGUCUGGCCGUAGAAGUCCGCGGCUCCAAUGGAGCCUUCUAUAGGGGCUUCAUAAAGGAUGUACAUGAGGACUCCGUUACAAUUGUGUUUGAGAACAAUUGGCAGCCAGAGCGACAACUUCCCUUCAGUGAUGUUCGACUACCACCACCUGCAGACUACCACAAGGACAUUGGCGAAGGAGAGGAGGUUGAGGUAUACUCCAGAGCUAAUGAGCAUGAACCUUGUGGUUGGUGGUUGGCUAGGGUUCGAAUGAUGAAAGGAGAAUUUUAUGUAAUAGAGUAUGCUGCCUGUGAUGCCACCUACAAUGAAAUUGUGACGCUUGAGCGAAUUCGACCAGUGAAUCCCAACAGCCCUGCCACUUCAAGUAGCUUCCAUAAAGUGACAAUCCCCGUGCCUGAAGACCUCCGGGAAACCUGUUCGAAUGACUCCAUACAUAAAGACUUCAGGAAAGCUAUUGGAGCCAACUGCAUUUUCUACAGCACUGCCAGCCAUGAACUGAUAGUACUAUCCACAAGUGAGUCCACAGUGAAAAGAGCUUCCCUGUUAAGUGACAUGCAUUUCCGAAGUAUCCGCACCAAACUUAUGUUGAUGUCCCGAAAUGAAGAAGCAACCAAACAUUUAGAGACAAGUAAGCAGCUGGCAUCAGCCUUCCAGGAGGAAUUUCAAGUUCGGGAGGAUCUGAUGGGGCUGGCUAUUGGCACCCAUGGAGCAAACAUCCAGCAGGCCAGGAAAGUGCCUGGAGUGACAGCUAUUGAACUAGAAGAGGACAGCUGUACCUUCCGUAUCUAUGGCGAGACCCCUGAAGCUGUAAAGCAAGCCCGUAUGUAUCUGGAGUUUGGGGAAGAUUUCAUUCAAGUCCCGCGCACAUUAGUAGGUAAAGUGAUUGGAAAAAAUGGGAAGGUAAUUCAAGAAAUUGUGGACAAGUCAGGAGUAGUAAGAGUACGAAUUGAGGGAGACAAUGACAAAAAAUUGCCACGAGAAGAGGGCAUGGUUCCAUUUGUGUUUGUUGGCACCAAGGAGAAUAUUAGCAAUGCCCAGGCUCUCUUGGAAUACCACCUUGCCUACUUACAGGAGGUUGAACAGCUGCGUCUUGAACGGCUACACAUAGAUGAGCAGCUACGGCAAAUUGGAGUGGGCUAUCGGGCACCUCCUAGCCGUAGUGGUGGAACUGGUGGUGCUGAACGGGACAAAGGCUAUCUCACUGAUGAGAGUAAUUCCUCCCUUCAUGGUACUCGAACUUACGGGGGCAGAGGACGAGGACGCAGGACUAACAAUCACAAUUCUGGAUAUGGUGAGAGAACAGAAGGCACAAAUUCUGAACAGUCAAAUGCCUCUGAAUCUGAAGAUGUAAAUGAGCGUGAGCCACGGCCUCGGGGCACAGGAGAGGAGAGAGCCCGUCGUGGAGGACGAGGUCGAGGAAUGGGACCUUCUGGCCGUGGCCGAGGAGGAUCAGGAAGUAGGCCACUUAACACUAUUAGUUCUGUCCUAAGAGAUCCUGACAGUAACCCCUAUUCCCUCUUGGAUGGAGCUGCAGAGACUGACCAGACUGGAGACACCGAUGCCAGUGAAAGCCAAACCAGCGCAGAGAGACGUAGAAGAUCUCGCAGACGUAAAACUGACCAAGACCCCAGUGUAAUGGAUGGGGCCGUGGAAUCAGACAGUCACUCUGUUAGUGAGAAUGGCAUUGAAGAUGACAGCAAGCCCCAACGGCGGAACCGGAGCCGGCGCCGCCGCAACCGUGGGGCCCGGAUUGAUGGAGGCUCUGCAAGCAGAGACCGCCAACCAGUAACUGUUGCAGAUUACAUUUCCCGUGCAGAAUCGCAAAGCCGUCAGAAACUACCGCAGAAAAACAAAGCAGAGAAGCCUCGGGAAGAAGUGACACUUUCUACUGAGCCAAAGGAAAAAGGCAACAACAAAGCCACCAAACGAACCCCCAGCUCAGAGAAGAAUAGUGCUGAAACUGACACAAAAGAUGAACCAGCAUCUCUCGUCAACGGAGUCUCGUAAAUGAAGAAAUGAAGAAUGAUGCGCUAAAUGAUGGGGCCAUGGCCUCAGAACCUUUUCUCUAUGGUGACCUGCUUGCAUUGAUGUUAACAGAAAAAAACAUGAAACAAUACAAAUGAAAAAAAAAAAAUCCACACAACCUACUUAACACAAACACUACGUACAAUAUGUAUCCUACAUAUCUAAGAAACAAUCUUUAGCUAUCUAUCUUAUCUAUCAGUACUAGUGCUUAUUUAACUAGCUUGCCAAAAAAGCUGAUGGAUAUGUUUUUGGUGUUUAAGGAAAAAAAAAUCAACAGAAUGUGACAUUUUCGUUUUCUUUUUGUUUGUUUUCUGACCGGACUGGACUUGGCUGCGCUCCCCUAUUGUUAGGUGGGGGUGGAGUGAGUGAGAGAGUAAUUGAGAAGGGAGUAGCUGGCAGUGGAUUAACUUUGGGUGGUGUUGGGAUGGGGUUGAGCGAGGGG